AUGCUUCCACUCGAAGUUAACGAUUUUUUCUUUGACAAUCAUUUGAUGUUUCCAGCUAAACGAUGUGAAGCCGACUGGUGGGUAGAACAAAACCUGCCCCUGGACGCCUAUCAUCUUGCCUAUUUGAAACCAAAAAAAUCUGCACCCGUUCCAGUGAAGCCAGUCACCAAGGUCGCUCCCUUCACUGCCAAAUUUGACGUGAGCAACUUUGAUCCGUUCGAGGUGUCAGUGAAAGUGGAUGGCAAGUACCUCACUGUGGAGUGCACUCGAGAACGCAAAGCUGACAAUGGUCACUUUGAGUAUGGACACUUUGUGAAGAAGGUGCCCAUUCCUGAUGAUUGUCUCACCGAGCACAUGCACUGCAAACUGCACCAGAAUGGACUGCUGCUCAUCGAGGCACCACAAACUCAAAUGGAAGCACAAGUGGAGACAGCAAAGGUAGACAACAUUUCCGAAGAGAAGAUGGAAGUGGAAGUGCAGACUCAGUCAACUGAAGCAGAACCGGUCACUGAGCCGCCCAAACUCAAAGAAAGCCAACCUGAAGUGGUCAUCGAAGACAUUGGACCGGAAAUCUAA